AUGCAUUGGAUUUCUAAUGUAACUGUUCUGGGCGCUGCACUGGCCCCCACUGCCAGUGCUCGUCCUGCUUGCCGGCCCGAUCGAACAACUUCCUCCGGAACUGCCACACUGGAAUCUACUACUCUCAUCUCUACGACAGUUGCUGAAACCACGGCCGCUGCGGAAACAACUAUAGCUGAAGCUGAGGCAAUCUCCACCACUGGAGUCGCGACCACCACAGAAGGCGAGACAACAACGGUUCAGGGUACUACUAUUACCGUAGUUCAAACAGCCUCGGCUGUUGAAGCUGCAACCAAUACUGAAGCCGAUACAACGACUACUGAGGCAACUGCUACUACUGCGGCCGCUGGUCCGACGAGCUUGACUAAAAAUAGCGGCUUUGAAUCUCGGGGAAACACGGCCUGGGCCCUGCAAGGCACCGAGAUCAAGAAUACAGGAUUAGCUCAUUCGGGCACACACUUCCUUCAAUUCGGCGUAAAUGACGGCUAUGCACCUGGCCAACUCCGUGCAGGACAAGCUGUUACUGGUCUUGACACCAAUCAGAGAUACGAUUUCUUAUUCUGUGCCACUGUAUUCAGCAGCCCGGUGCCCAGCAGGGCCAAUUAUGUCAUCUGCGCAAUCCAGGCAGUCGAGGAUGAUGCUAUAAUGGCAGUCUUCUUGUUGGACUUCAACACCCUCGGCUCGUACCAGCCAUUUACAUCUCUCUUCUACCUUAUGAACAGCGACUUCACGUUCAAUCUAAGACUUGAAUGUAGUGAUGGGGAGAAGGUUACGCUCGCGCUUGGUGUCGAUGAUAUCACGAUGACCAAGGUUAGCUCUUGA